GCUUUAAUGACGAAAGCUUGUCAACAAUUAUUUCAAGUAAAUAAGAACUCAUCAGAUACAGAAAUUGAACAAGCUUUCAGAUUACAAGUUGAAAAUGAUUAUCCUUAUAAGAUACAAGAGCUUAUUAAUUCAGAUAGAUGGGCUGAUAUGUGA